GACGCCUCCACGGAUCAUGGCCUCCAACCUGCUGUGCGCCAAUGUGCCUGCAUGCCUUCUCGUUGCGUCUCCACUUCAAGAUGCUCAGCCUCGCUCUCCUUCUCGCAUUCAAGCAUUCACCAUUCAAACCAUCUCACCCACUGGCACCCAUUGUCUCAUACCCAAUCCGCGGAACUUCACCAUCCCAACGCCCAAGACCUGGCCUCGCCUCGCCUCUGUUCAGCCCUCGAGGACCCUUAUGCGCGGAUUCUUCCCUCACCGAGAAAAAGCCACCAUCCCGGACCCGGCUCUUUCCCCGCUGACGCCACACACCGACCCGGGUGGCCUUGUUCCCCGCCAUUGGGGCUGAAUCGCCUCGUCCGUUGCCAGAAAACCUGCUGCGGCCACAACGAGUUCAUGUUUCUGCUUGCUGUUCAUUCGCCUCUCUCGCGCCUAGGUAAUCCAAUGGGCUUCCUCUAGGUCCAUCCGCCUAUUUUUUUUUUUGCGAAUGACGCGCACUCGCUUGAACAUCUCAGGGACAGGAAAAAGAGAAAUCUAUCCGAUC